AUGACUCUCUCUCUCUCUCUCUGUGUCACACACUAUCUCUCUGUUUCUCUAUCUCACUAUCUCUCUCUCUUACACUCUAUAUAUCUCUAUUUCUCUCUCACAUUCUCUCUCUUUCUCCCUCUCUCACCCAUUCUCUUUCUCAAUCAUUUUGUCUCUUUCGCAUAUUUUUUUCUUUAUCAGUUGCACGAAUUUUCUCUAUCACUCUUUCUUUCUUUCUUUCUUUCUUUCUUUCUUUCUUUCUUUCUUUCCCACACAAUCAAUCUCUUUCAUUUAUUCUCUCGUCUCUCUGUUUCUCUAGGUUUCUCGCUAUCUUUAUCUCAAUCAUUCACACUCUCUUUUUGUCUCUUUCUCAUUCCCUUUCUCUCUCUCUCUCACUACGUCUAUCAUUCACUCUCUUUGUUUAUCAUUCUCUCUCUCGUUCUCGUACACCCCCCUCUCUCUCUCUCAUUAUCUCUUUUCUCCUGUAAUUUCUUUCUGUCUCAUUAUCUCAAACUCAUAAUGAGUGUGAAUGUCCUCUCUCUCACUCACUCACUCUCUCUCUUCACUCUCAUUUUCUCCUUGUCUCAUUCUUUCAAUUUUUCUCUUUCUCUCUUUCUCUUUAUCAUUCUCUCUCUUCACUCUCAUUUUAACCCAGUCUCAUCCUUUCCUACAUUUCUCGCUAUCUUUUUCUCGAUUAUUCACACUCUCUAUUUCUCAUUCUCCCUCUUUUCUCAUCCUCCCUCUUUUCUCAUCCUCUCUCUUUUCUCAUCCUCCCUCUUUUCUCAUCCUCCCUCUUUUCUCAUUCUCCCUCUUUUCUCAUCCUCCCUCUUUUCUCAUGUUCUCUUUCUCACACUCAUUCUCACUCUUCACUGUUUUUCUAUUUUUCUCGCUAGCUUUAUUUCAAUCAUUCACACUGUCUUUACUUUUCUUUCUCUAUUUCUUAUUCUCUUUCUCUCUCUCUCUCUCUCUAAUUCUAUCAUUCUCUCUCUCUCUCUGUUUCUUAUUCUCUCUAAUUUCGCUCUCAUUCUCCCUCACACUCAUUCUCUCGCAUUAUCUGUCAUUCUAUUAACUUUUCUCGUUAUUUUCUCUCGAUUAUUCAAACUCAUAACGAAUGUGAAUAUUCUCUCUCUCAUUCUUUCUUUUUCUCUAUUUCUCAUUCCCUUUCUCUCUGUCUCUACUUCCAUCAUUAACUCUCGCUGUUUCUCAUUUUCUCUAGUUAUCCCUCUCUCUCUCUCUCUCUCUCUCUCUCAUUCUCUCUCUUCUUUCUGUCUCAUUCUAUCUACUUUUCUCGUUAUUUUUCUCUCGAUCAUUCAUAGACAGUGUGAAUAUUCUCUGUCCCACUCUCUCUCUCUCUUACUGAUUGUCUCUCUUCAUUCUCAUUCUCUCUAUGUCUCAUUUUUCUAUUUUUCUCUUUCUCUCUAUCAUUCUCUCUCGUCGCUCUCAUUUUCUCCCUGUCUCAUUCUUUCUACUUUUCUCGCUAUCUUUUUCUCGAUCAUUCACUCUCUCUAUUUCUCCUUCUCUCUCUUCUUUCGUGUCUUCUUUCUCACACACAUUCACGCUCUCUCUUUUUAUCUCAAUGAUAAAUAUUAG